GAGCAGAUUCAUUGUGCGGCAUGGCCUUGCGUCCCUGUCCACUCAGGUGGACCCGAACCAUACUCCAUGUCCGAUGAAGCGGUAGCGGCCAUCUCUCGUGUCUACUCUAUCCAAGCCCAGUGUUAUACACUACACUCUGCAACGGUCAUCUCAGAGCCAUCCAUUGACAUGAUGGGCACAAAACAAGCCGCAGUUUUCAAUGUCCCUGGUGGGGGAAACGCGAGGAUAUUUGCACCAGACGGGCGACAAUUGACAAGCGAGUUGCCAGCAACAGAAGAAGGCAUGGUAGUGGCAGACUUGGGUUUGGAUCAGGUGACUAUGCAUAAAGUAAUUCUUGACACGUGUGGACAUAACGGGAGACCAGAGCUGUUAUGGCUGGGUCGGGAUAAUCAUGCAAAGCCGGAGGUUCGAACGGACAGAGACCUUUCAUAG